AUGAUUUUAGUGAAAUCUCAUUCUUUUCUCCUCGUAUUUGUUGUAUUAGAGACAGUGCACAGCAAAUUAACAUGUAGUCAUAACGUGACAGAAUGUAUGACUAAAGCAGCACAAAACGUGUAUAAUUCUCUAGUAGCUGGGGUCAAAGACCUUACUGAACCAAUUGAUCCUUUGCAUCUUGACAAGAUUGAUGCUGACUUACCAGGAUUCAAAUAUCAAGUAACAAAUGUUACUAUGAAUGGAUUGAGAGAUUGUACGGUUGAGCUGUUCAAAUCCGACGAAAUAUCCUUUAAUUUUGAAUUGGAUUUACACUGUCCGAAUUUGGUUUUCACGUAUCACUAUAAGGCCAAAGGCGUAAUUUUAACGUCAGUAGAAUUCGAUGGCCAAGGUUUUGCAAAUGUUGCUGUAGACGACUAUUACAUUAAAAUUAAAGGAAAGUUCAAAAAGUUCAUUUCAGUAAAGGACCAAAAACUUUACACAUCUAUCAUUAGUCACUUUAUAGAAACAGAUCUUAAAGGAAAGAUUAAGUUCGAAACCGAUGAAGAGAUAAACCCAGACAAAACUAAAUCUGAUUUAGCGAAGAUAGCCAUCAAUGAAAACUACAAAGAUACCGACGUACUCCUUCGAACUCCGUUUCUCGAGAACUUCAUAACAUUGUUUGUACAGAAUCUGAACACGUACUUGGCAAACUUCUCAAUUGACGAAUUAUUACCGCAAAAGGAGAAAAAGAGUAUUUUAAAUAUUAGAGGAACACCCUUAGUUUAA